UCUCAAUCGGACAAAAUCAAUUUCCCGACAGAGAUUGGUUAUAAAAAAAGGCUUCUUCACCUUUGACAUAUCUGGUCUCAACUUUUGUCCUUCCCCGGCGCUCUCCUCAAAAUCAGGUGAAGCCUACUUGUCCUUUUGUCUGAUCCCUCUUAGAUUCGCCUCUUAACGCUUUCUCUCUUUACUCCUCCCUCUCGUGAAAGCUUCAAUCUUUCCUCAUCUCUAACCAUCAAGAUGAUACCUUUAAGAAGCAUCAAUGAUGGGUCAAUAAUCUCCUAAUUAGCUUUUUAACAAUCUUCUUCCAAGAUUCCAAUGGCAGGAAACGGUAUCCCUACAUUAGGUCGUGUCAAACUCUCUGAUUUAUUCCCCACAGAAGGUUUACCUUCAGAUUCCUACAAGUUAGCUGUUUCAACAUUAUCUCAAUCCUUAGCACAAUACUCAGCAGCAAUCAUCCAAUUCCCUCACACAGAAGCAGCCCUUCUCAGAUCAUGUCUCGACUCAGCUAAACUCUACUUCCACCAAAGAGACUCCUCAUACCCCUCCACCAACGACAUGAUCCACACCUCAAGAGAAUGGUGCAAAACUUCAGGAUACUACUCUGAUCCUCAGUCAUGGCACGAGAGCUACGAGUAUAGACCUGGUUUGACAGAUUCAUCAUCAGCAGCUACUUCAAUGGAGUUCCCUCCUUCUGGUUUACCUGACAUCUUUUCUUUAUUAGGGAAAGCUUCUCGUUUAGUUCUUGACGCGAUUGGUUUUUAUUUGAAUCUCAGAAGCGGUGCUUUUACUGAGAUUCUUGAUAAUGUGCCAUUGAGGAGUAAUGAGAUAUCUUCUUCAGUGUUGUCUGUUUGCUGCUACGCGAGAUCUUCGUUUCAUGGAGCGCAUUUGACUGAAGACGAGCAGCUUCUCUUGUAUGCAGAUCAUGAUCACCAGCUUGACAAGAGUUUGAUCUCGUUUGUGAAGUCAGAUAAGGCCGGGUUGCAUGUAAGAGACAUGCAUGGGCAAUGGGUUUUGGUUGAUGUUGAUCUUGGUCCUCAAGAGGCGGUUGUGUUUCCAGGGCUGGCUCUUUACCAGGCUACGGCUGGCUAUGUGAGUCCUGCAGUUUAUAGAACUGAUUUGAAUAGUAUGCAGGGGACUAUUGAAGGGAGAUUCUCUUUGGCGUUUAAACUCAUGCCUAAGUCUAUGACUAGUUUGAGUUGCUCGGAGAUGAGAGCUGCGGGGCAUGGUGUUGAUGCUCAGUUUCAGAUUCCGGUUUCGGUUGAUGACUUUAUGCAGAGAGCUCAUUCGAAUGAUGAGCUCUUUAAUAGGCAGACUUUGCAGAGCUUCAGUGUCCCUCCUCAAUCCCAAGAUGGAUCUAUGAAACAGAUGAAAAAGAGGAAGAAGAGUGAUUCAAGAAUUAAACCACUACCACCAUCAAAGCGGCUGAGGUUAGAAGCGCAGAGAGUUCUCAAGGAACGAGUUCAGGAGAUUGCAGAUAAGAAAGGAAUCAAACUCAGAUUCUGCAACCCAAAGGAUUGUGAGAGUAACCACAAUACAAUGAACAGUCCUUGCGCGCAUAUAAAAAUGGAGAUAGGGUGGCCUCAGGGAGUUCCAUUUGUUCACCCUCACGACCUCCCAAACAAAGCUAAAAUCGGGUUCCUUGAGACGUAUGAGCCAGGAUGGUCUGAAACACAUGACAUGGAGCUUAGUCUCUCUGAAGCCACUCAAGGAAACCACCAACACGUGACUUAACUGAGAUGAGAGAGUUCCAGUCUUGGUCUCUUGUUUGCCUGGACUCUUCCGGUUAUACAGAGUCAGUGAUUGCACAUGAUGUGCGAGCUAUGGAACAUCAGAGAGGAGAUAAAGCUGUGUGAAGGGCUCUUAUUAUUUGUCUCAUUGUACAUUGUGUCUUUAUAUGAUAUAUAUCAGUGUAGCAUGUUCUGUGUUACUCUCUGUCUAUAUGCACAAGAACAUCUUCAUAUAGCAGCUUCCAAUGGUUGGGAUAAAUAAGAUUUGAAUUCUUUUCAUUUGAACAUCGA